UGGGAGGCGGGGACCUGCGUCCGCUCUGGACCCACGGGCGACAGUUGGUGUGCGCACGGCUCUCGCGUAACAUCGUAAGCCACUGCGACGGACGGGUCGACGCGGUGUAAUACUUUGGUCCGAUAGCCCUGCGAUUCAGUGGUGCAUUAUGGAUAUGAAGCGUCAUUUUUCUAUCUUUAUCUGCUGAGUUUUUAGUAUGUCUUAGAAUAUUUCUUUCGUACGGAAAAAAAUAUUAUGCGACGCGCCUGUGCUAGCGGGUUAAGCGCUGCUCCAUCAUAAUUUUUCUUUAUGUCCUUUACUAUCCACGAGCAACAUGACAUACCUGCUAAAUGGCAAGUUACUGCGUUGAUGCACGUGUGAAACCCUUACUGUCUCGCUACGAAGCAUAUAUUAAUUACAUCAUGUCUCCUAAGGGUGACAAUCUAUCCAAAAGCUCUUUUCUCCCUUACCGCACUACAGCAUCUGUAAGACUCAAUAAUUCUAACAACUAAAAUCAAGAUAAAGUACGUAACAUGGUGACAGCAUUCAAAUAAUGCUCUCACCAUCCAUCGCAGGAAUGUGAAGACUGCAGUGUUUUGAAGUGAAAUUUAUAGUUAUCUUCGCAGUUCAGUGCCUCAGUAUACAUUGCUGACUGUUCUGUUACUACUGUUCUGUUAACUGCACACAUGGGACAACUACAGCAGUCUUUGGACACCGUCCUCGCGGUGUCCACGGUGAUUCUUCUACUCUUCGCUUCUGCUGGUAUAGUUUCAGCCCAAGGUCGAGUGAAGCAAGUGCGAGCAGUUAUCAACGGAACGGCACAACUUCCUUGCGACAUGACGCCACCUACCCCCGGAGACUCCGUAUUACUCGUCAUCUGGUUCAAGAAUGAGAAGACUGCCAUUUACAGCUACGACGCGCGGCGCAAGUCGUGGGAGGGACCCUCCGGCCCGCACUGGAAGCACCCCCAGCUGCUGGGCGAGCGCGGCUUCUUCCGGACGGUGGCGACGCCGGCGGCGCUGUCGCUCAGCGACGUCGCAGAGUCCGACGAGGGCGUCUACCGCUGCCGCGUCGACUUCCGCCGCUCCGCCUCCAGGAUACAGCGGGUCCGACUCACCGUCAUCGUCCCGCCCCAACGACCCAAGAUAUACGAUGAGCGUGGGGUGGAGGUGGGACCUGUUGCCGGUCCUUACCAAGAAGGAGGGCAAGCACGCCUCACCUGCGUCGUCUACGGUGGGAGGCCACCGCCAGAAAUCCGCUGGUGGCGGGGCGAGCGGCUGCUGGAGUCCAGGGAGCUUCCAGCGGGGCCGCGCAUCCGCGAGAGGCUGCUGCUGCUGCCGCGCCUCUCCAGGGCCGACCUGCACGCCACGCUCACCUGCCAGGCCGUCAACAGCAACCUCACACUCCCCGCCGAGGCCAGAGUUUCGCUGGACAUUAACUUCAGGCCGCUGUCCACGACCAUCCUGAGCAGCGAGCAGCCGCUGACGGCCGGCCGGCGCUACGAGAUCGCCUGCCGCACUGUGGGGUCGCGGCCGCCGGCGGUAGUCUCCUGGUGGCUGGACAACACGCGGCUACCCGCCAGCACCGACAAGGUUUCUGCGGACGGCAACGAGACCAUAUCGACUCUAUCGUUGACGCCGGAACAUACGGACGAUGGGCGGCUGCUCACUUGUCGGGCUGAAAACCCUCAGGUGCUUGGAGGCAUCGAGGAGCAUUCAGUCAGGCUGGCUGUUUAUUAUGCGCCAUCUACCGAGCUGCGACUGGGCCCUCGACUGCACGCGGACGACGUGGAAGAAGGCAGCGACGUCUACUUCGAGUGCCACGUGCGAGCCAACCCACCUGCCUAUAAGGUCUACUGGAAGUUCGAGGGGAAGACGUUGGUACAGAACCACACCGGCGGUGUGAUAAUGACGCGAGGCGCCCUGGCACUGCAGUCCGUCAGCAGGAAGAACGCUGGCGCCUACUCCUGCGUCGCGUCCAACGUGGAGGGCGACGGGGAGAGUCCCCUGCUGCGUCUGCGAAUCAAGUACAAGCCGGUGUGCCGGCCCGGACAGCGGCGGGUGUACGCCGUGGCGCGCCACGAGGUGGCGCACGUCCGCUGCGAGGUGGAGGCCUUCCCGGAGGCCGUCGGCUUCCGCUGGGCCUUCAACAACUCCGCCGAGACGCUGGACGUGCCGCAGUCGCGCUUCAACUGGUCGGCGGGCGCCUCGCAGCUGGCGCACGCCCCCGUCAACGACAUGGACUACGGGUCCGUGCUGUGCUGGGCCGACAACAGCGUGGGGCAGCAGCGGCGGCCCUGCGUCUUCCACAUCGUGCCGGCCGGUUAGCGACCUCGCACGGUUUCCGUGCUUACCCUACCUCCCAACACAGGGCGGCUCUGGAGGCUACUCUACUGUUGCAUGUAGCCGCUAAAUUCAACCAUCUUCACAAGCGUUAGAUCUGACACCCAAAUCAAGUUGGUGCGGUGGGAUGGGGUUGAGUAAAGCAAGACUUAUCAGCAAAGGGAACGGACAGAUGCAGCUUUGUUUAAUAUGAGGUGUUCGGAAAGUUGCUGUGCAGUAUAUCAUACGUAGGAAAUGAUGCCCACGGGUUGCCAUACAAGUCUGGUCCUGCUUAAUUUUGUUGGAAAACGCUCUCUGCAGAUCUACUUUUCACCUGCGCUGUUAGUUUAAUUUUUAAGUGACAAAGCGUGCCGGGUCUUUCGCGAUACACUACAGAGAUUGCUGCUCUCCAAAGAAGAAAGGUUUGUGGAUUCUCCGUUGACCGUGGUCGCGUGUUUUGUGUGUUAACGUGACUAGAGAUAUUGAACUAGACCUCUUCGGUAUCAAUGACCACAUCAUGACUAUCAAAGGUAUUCUUGUCAGUAAAACACGUAAACCAUUUGCAGUAACGGAUUAGAGUCUUGCACUGCUCUCACUUUAUACGGGAACAGUUUAAAUGUUUUCCUAACUGCUUAAUGCGCGAUUGCAUACACCGUAUAAUUUCUUCUACCAGUUUACACAAUUAGCUUGUUCAGCUCUGAUGCAUAGAAUUAAAAAUAUCCAACAACUUCUGUUCGUUUUGUUGUGGUCAUGUUCCAGUUCGUUCCACAUCUAAUACAAAGACAAUCUCUCGAAAUUUCUCAGUAAGUCAUAGAACGGCAUUACGAUGAGGUACAGCGGUUUCAGACAUAUUUUCAGCAAACGCCUCUUGCAAUACAUAUGUAUGUCCAUCACCUUGUGAACGUUCAACAAGAAAAAUACAUUCCUCGGUUGAAACCACCACAAUCUGAAAACAAAUUGAACAUUUAAACAAUGCCCAACGCAUUCAGUAUCUUCCGUGAACUGGACCACUUAAAUAUUAUGCAAUACUAGAAUGAACUGGAAAACAAAGCAGUAUCUAUGAAAAAAUUGUUCUGCAAAGCUGUAUUCUGUCAAUUGUGGUUCCAACAUCCACUGCAAUCUCCGAGAGUAUUCAGUAUCCCAGAGCACCGCGCGUUUCCGAACGCAUUGUAUAGAUUUUAGGUAACAUGUCAAAAAUCGUGUCGUUUGGUAUACAAGAUACGAUGGAAAAAAUGGUAAAAGUA